UAAAUCGAAGAUGCAAAUGCACUGAGCAAUAUAAAAAGGGCGCAGCUAUUUCUGCAGACCGCAAUGCGUUACCGGUACCGUAUUUUUGUAAUAGGAUACACUACAGAGCGUAACUAUUUACAAUUACGCGUACGAGUAAUUGACGGAAGAGUUAUACCUGCAUAUGCAAUGCGAACACAGGAACAAAUGGCGGUAGAGUUAGAACGACGCAUCGAUAAAAUGAAAACAAUACACCAAUAGCCAUAUUCAGAGCACGAGUUAGCAUGUGUCGUAUUGUGGACAUAGUCGCCAGAAUAAAUGGCGAAUUAUCUGUCACACGAUUGUGUGAAUUCCGCUGAAGGAGUAAUUGGAGAAUUGACGGUACCAGGAAAUGGUGGAGGCGAUAUUUUUGCCGAGUGCAUGUGGUAUCGCUGGGUUUAUGACAAAAUAACAACUGAGUUUUCUGACUUAUCUCUAAAGAUGAGAAACAUGCCUGAUCCUGUGAUAGCCAGAGAAAAAAUCUGGGUUCCUUUUAUGAGAGACGAAAUGAAGAUUGGAGAGAACUCUGUGAUUAUAGGACAUAGUUCUGGAGCAGUUGCAGCCAUUCGUUUUAGUGAAAUAUACAAAGUCCAUGGAAUUAUUCUUGUGGGAGCUUAUACAACAGAUUGUGGGCUUGAAAAUGAACGUUUGGCGGGAUAUUUUAAUCGACCAUGGUUGUGGGAUAAAGCUAGAGAAAAUACAAACUGGAUCGUACAGUUUGGAUCAGAAGAUGACCCGUUUCUAGAUUGGAAUGAACAGCUUGAAGUGUCGAAACAGUUGAAUACUGAAUUUCAUAAAUUUAAAGACAGAGGGCAUUUCCAAUCAAUUGUAUUCCCGGAAGUGAUUAAAGUUUUGAAGGAUAAAAUUAAGUAACGGUUGUCGUAGGUUGUUUCAAUGAUUGACUAGUAUCAAGUGUGUUGAAUCGUUAGAUUUAUAAUGCUUCAUUUCUUGAAUUUACUGGUCUCUGUGACAUUAGAAUAAGAUAUGUGUUGAAGGUGUGUUAAAUUUUUUUAGGUAGUGGUUUAUGUGUGGUAGUUCUUAAUUAGAGUUUAAAAGGAAUUUGUAAUAUUUCAAAAUCAAAUAAUAUUUGAACAAAUGUUUGCAUUUCAUUCAAGCAAGAGUGUAACAUAUUUUAGUUGUAAACUUAUCAUAUCAUGUACUAUAAUUUAGUGCUUUGCAACCACAUUGAAUUUUCUGUUACAUGUCAGGAUGUACUCAUUCCAUAACAAUUAUUAUGUUGCCUUCUUGCAAUAUUGUAUGUUGAUCUUUAUGUAAGCGGUGCAAUAUGUUUUUACAAAUAAUCAAUUUACCUAUUGUCAUAAUCAUUAUUUUAAUAAUUAACACCGUUUUGAAACACUACAACAAAG